AUGAGAGAUGGAGAAAAUGAGGAUAGAGUUGGCCGAAGUUGAGAUACCGAUGGACGACGGUUCAUCGAAGAAUAUGGAGGUCGACGAGUACGGAGUAGAAGCAGAAUUAACAAGUCUUUCGUGGCUACAAUCUUUAGACAUUACGAGUGCAUCUAGUUUGUCAACGCCAACAUGUUCGCCAUCGCCUCCACCGGUAGUACGAAAGCCCCCGAAGAAGAUGUCACCUUUACUUAAGGCAGAAUUAGAUCUCGCGGAUAACGCCGAUAAAUAUCGAGCAGAUCCAGACGCAAAGCCACCAUUCUCCUACGCCACGAUCAUAUGUCUCGCGAUGCGCGCGAACAACAACAAAGUGUCCCUGUCGAACAUAUAUGCAUGGAUUCGCGAUAAUUUUUUAUACUACAAAUAUGCUGAUCCAGCUUGGCAGAACUCGAUUCGGCAUAAUCUAUCGUUGAACAAAUGUUUCGUCAAGUUGCCACGUUCGAAAGAUGAGCCUGGAAAGGGUGGCUUUUGGAAACUUGACUUGGAACGUAUGGAAGAAGGUAAAAGAACGAGACGACGGGCCUCGACGACUCAACGUAAUCGAGGAUCGAGAAAACAACACAACACAACGAAUUCAACGACAACAACGACAUCAACGACGACAGCCUUAACAUCGACGACAUUGUCCCCUACUUUAACAACGAGCAAUCAUUCGUUGCAAAAUAGUUAUGUACCACCUACCACCUGUCUUUCCGCCCUUUACGAGACACCACCUAGUAGCGUUUCAUCCCCGAUACCAGACACACUCUCGGAAGUACCCGAAUCAACGCAAGUUAAUCUUACCGAAGAUGAUCUCACGGGUCUCCUAAUCGCCACGGCAGGCUGGGAUGAAAACCAGUUGGAUCUCUUGGAUUCCCUUUUAGAUACUCUCUAAAUUUUUUUUUCUAUCACCAAUAUCUCUUCAAAGAAAAUUCAGAAAUAAGUUGAUUGAAAAUCAUCUGUGGUGAGCUAGUAAUUUUGUCAUAACUUUUUGGAAUUUCUUCCUAAUUGAUCGUAUUUCAAUUUUAAUUUACUCGAGUAAAAAAACACGGGCGAUUCUUUGCUGUGAACGAUUUUAAUUCACGUGUUAUUAAUAAUCGAUCGACUCACUGUAGAGCAGUUCAUUAGAAAUAUAUCGAUGUCGUGUGAAAAAAUCAAAUAAAUAUUGAACUUAUAUCGAAGCGAUGGAAGAACAAACGAACCAUAAAUACUUCUGUAUCAUUUGACGUUUCUGAAGCAGGAAGUAAUUAGGUAAUGUUAAUUGUAUAGUUUAUCAAGAGUGAUGAAAUAUUUUCGUUGCGUUUUGACUACAUUGACGAAAAAAUAUGAUUUCUUUCAUUCUACGCUUAUGUUUAAAAUACAACGAACGAACAACGCGAUUGUAAAUAAUUAGAUAUUUAUUCAUCGUUCAAAACUCGAAAGUAGUAUUUCGAUUUUGAAUUAAUUUAAUAGCAUUUGUUAAAAUACGAAUUAC